AUGCAGACGCCUGCCGUGCUCUCUCUGCUGCUUGUGUGCACGGGCCUCAUGGAAGCACUGCGGCAGGCCCAGGGCCACCCCGUCACUCGACGAGACCUCUUCUCUCAAGAACUGCCCCUGGACAUGGCCCCAGCCUCCUUCGAUGACCAGUAUGCCGGCUGUGCAGCCGCCAUGACGGCCGCUCUCCCAGACCUCAACGAAACCGAGUUCCAGGCCAACAAGGUGUACGCUGAUGGCUGGGCGCUGGCAAGCAGCCGGUGGCAGGACCGCCAGGCCUGGGGACCAGAGUGGGGCCCCAGGCCUACCCGGCUGCCCCUGCCGCCCCCUGGCUUCCGCGAUGACCACGGCGUGGCCCUCCUGGCCUACACCGCCAACAGCCCCCUGCACAAGCAGUUCAACGCCGCUGUGCGCGAGGCGGGCCGCUCCAGAGCCCACUACCUCCACCACUUCUCCUUCAAGACACUCCAUUUCCUGCUGACCGAGGCCCUACAGCUGCUGGGCAGGGGCCAGCAUUCUCCCCAGUGCCGCCAGGUGUUCCGAGGGGUGCACGGCCUGCGCUUCCGGCCGGCGGGGCCCGGGGCCACUAUCAGGCUGGGGGGGUUUGCCUCCGCGUCCCUGCAGAAUGUUGCAGCCCAGCAGUUUGGGGAGGACACCUUCUUUGGCAUCUGGACUUGCCUUGGGGCACCUAUCAAGGGCUACUCCUUCUUCCCUGGGGAGGAGGAGGUGUUGAUCCCCCCCUUCGAGACCUUCCAGGUGAUCAAUGCCAGCAGACCCGCCCAGGGCCCCGCCCGCAUCUACCUCCGGGCCCUGGGCAAGCGUAGCACGUACAACUGCGAGUACAUUAAAGACAAGCAGUGCAAGUCUAGGUCUUGCCGUCUGGGUAAUUCAGCCAUCGGUCAAGGCCCCCCUUCUGCAGUCUGGUCCCUCCUACUGCCGCUCUGGUUCCUUGUCGGGGGAACUUUUCCAUAG